AUGGCCGACACCAUAAAGAAGAACAUCGCGGUAGUCGUGGGCGGCUACUCGGGCGAGUAUGACGUAUCCAUCAGCACGGGUAAUGCCAUCUACGCCAACGUCGACCGUGCCAGAUACAACCUCUACAAGAUUGUCAUCCCCCGCAACCCCAAGGCCGGCUGGUACCACUUGACCGACGAUGACAAACAAAUCCCCGUGGACCGCAACGACUUCAGCGUCACCCUCUCAACCGGCGAAAAGAUCCAGUUCGACCUAGCCUACAUCAGCAUUCACGGCAACCCAGGCGAGAACGGCGUGCUGCAGGGCUACUUCGACAUGCUCGGCCUCCCCUACACAAGCUGCGGCUUCUACACCUCGGCUCUAACCGCCAACAAGGGCCACUGCAACCCCGUAGUCCGCAGCUUCGGCAUCGUGGAGGUGGCCAAGUCCCGCCUGCUUCAUCGCAACCAAAUCAGCGCCCUCGACCCUGAAGCUCUGCUGUUCGAUUUUGAGCUGCCCGUCUUCGUCAAGCCCGCGUCGGGAGGCAGCAGCGUGGCCACUACCAAAGUCAAGAGCCGCGAGCAGGUGGUCCAAGCAGUCGAAGACGCCAUGCGCGAGGACGGCAACGGCCAAGUGUUGGUGGAGGAGUUCAUCGAGGGCCGCGAGUUCAACUGUGGCGUGAUUCGCGAUGCGGAAGGCUGGCUGCACGUGUUCCCCAUUACCGAAGUUAUCCCCCACGGCGACAGCGAGUACUUUGACUACAAUGCCAAGUACAAUGGGUCGUCGAGCAAGGUGACGCCUGCCGAGGUGGAGACGCAGGUCAGCGACCGCAUCAAGGAUGUAUCGACGAUGCUGUACGAUCUCCUAGACUGUCGUGGCGUAGUACGCUUCGAUUACAGGUAUAACCCCGAGCUGACGGCGUUGUACUUCCUUGAAGUCAACACGAUACCUGGCCAGACGCCGGAGAGCAUAGUACCGCAGCAGGCGCGCGCCGCCGGUAUUAGCACUGCUGACCUCUAUCAUAUGGUGAUCGAGUGUGCCCUGGCAGCGGCCUCGCGAUGAGCUACGGAUGGAGGACUGUAGAUAGAUUGAUAUUGGGCACGCAGGCAGUAGAGGACAGUU